GUUGCUGAUAGCAAGUGCUUGGAAAAGUGGGGCUAAUGCCUGUACAGUACUAUUACAUAGUAUAACUUGCAGGAAGUAAUAUCAAAAUUAAUGGGAAAGAAUAUAAAAAUCUAUUAAAUAAAAUUUCUCAUAAUACCAAAAGUAAAACUGGAUAAGAGAGAUUAAUGCCUUUCUCAUGCAUUAUCAAUUCAGCUAAUACUGUAAUUAAUUUUUUAUUUUAACAGGUAACUUCAUCUAGAAAAAUGAAACAUAAUCAGAGCUGCUGUCAGACACCUCCCAGUGUCACUGUUCGUAUAAAAUCAAGUGCAUCCAGAUCAUAUCAACAAAAAAAAGCUCUUAUUCUUAAACGACCAAAGUUUCAAGAUAGCCAGGAGACCUAUGGGGGAAACAAUAAUAAUAAGUCAAAACGGCCAAAAGGUUCACGUCUUGUAAUUCAGCGUCAGGAAAUGACAGCUUUCUUUAAGCUAUUUGAUGAUGACUUAAUUCAAGAUUUCUUGUGGAUGGAUUGUUGCUGUAAAAUUUCAGACAAGUACCUUUUGGCAAUGACUUUUGUUUAUUUCAAGCGGGCUGGCUACAGUAUAAAUGAACACACCAGGCUAAAUUUCUUUGUAGCUCUGUACCUGGCAAAUACAGUUGAAGAAGAUGAUGAAGAGUCAAAAUAUGAGAUAUUCCCAUGGGCUUUAGGGAAAUCCUGGAGAAAGCUUUUCCCCGAUUUCUUAAUUCGAAGGGAUGAACUCUGGAGCAAGAUGGAUUAUAGGGCUAUUGUAAGCAGACGCUGCUGUGAGGAGGUAAUGGCUAUAGCUUCGACACAUUAUAUAUGGCAGCGGGAGCGUUCUAUUCAUCAUAGUGGAGCUACAAGAAACAAUAGCAGAGAUGGAGUACAGUUUCCUCGAGGACCUAAUGCCACACCUACAGACUGUUUGCUUUGUGGGAAAAAGACAAGAUAUAUACGGCUGGGAUUAUCCUCCUCUUCCUCCAAUGGCACACUGGAAAUGAUGGAACAACAUAUACCUCAGGGAUUGCAGGACUCUCUUCCAGCUGAUAAAAUACCUGAGCCAUCUCUGCACUGUUAUUCACAAGGUAAGGUAUGGUAUGAUUGCAAACAUCUAUCCAACAAAGGAAGAAAAAGUAGCUGCACAUGUCAAGAUAAAGCCAUGGCCUGGUUUACUGGAAAUGAAGAAUAA